CCCACCAUAAAUCUCUUCCCCUCUCUCCCUCCCUCCCCUCUUCAUCACCCUCUCCCUCUCCCCCUUUUAGUCUGCUUCGACGAGCCGACCCGUCUGCCCGACAUGUCGAUCACCAACAAUGCCACUUUCCGCUACCACACCUUCGGCCUCACCUACGCCUGCGACUACAUGAACCAGGGCAUGCGGACCGUCGACCUACAGGCUACGCAGACAUACACCUGCACCGAGAUCACCAACUCUACUUAUAACGGCACUCAUGACGGGGACUUCAACUACACUUACAGCUACAGGCCUGAGGAUGAGCUUCUGCACUGUAAUCGAUGCGCCGUGUCUCCCAGCAUCGCCGGCGCCACACACACGUACUCCGCUGAUGAAGUCUACGUCAUUAACGACACCAUAACAGCCACGUGUCGGGAAAGUUACCUGCUUGAGCUCGACGUCACGGAGCAGACGGUCCCGUGUCUGCAUAACGGCUGGAAUUUCCGAGGCUGUGUCAGAGUGUGCCUGGCGACGCCCUCGGUAAGGAACGCCACGACGACCCACCACCACGACAUGUGGGAGGUGGGCGAAGAGGUGACGGCGACCUGUAACGGGGAUCUGUACUUUGCCGACGCCCAAGUGCAGACGCGGCAGGUCCUGUGCACAUACAACGGCUGGAUGGAAAGCCCCGGGUGCGAGACGGUGUGCAAGGAGAAGCCCGUGGUGGUGAACGCGACGGUAGACUGGUCGGACACGCGCAUGAGGAAGGUCGGGGAGGCCGUGACGGCGACCUGCCUCCCCGGGCACGGCGUCACGGGGGCGAGGAGCGAGACCGUGCAGCAGGUGACGUGCACGGACCACGACUGGGAGCAGAAACCGGCGUGCGAACUGCUGGUCUGCACCGACACACCGACGGUCGGGAAUGCGACGGUCGGCUGGUCGGCUGGAUUGUGGUUAGUCGGGCAGGUCAUCAACGCGACCUGCCUGGACGGGUACCACCUGCUGAGCGACGGCGCCACGGAGCAGGCGCUGGCCUGCACGAUGGGCGGCUGGGAGACCAAACCCGCGUGCAGGAUAGCCUGCCUCGACCAACCGGACUUCGGCGCCGCGAAUUCCACGUGGACGCCCCGCCUGUGGCUCGAGGGCGAGACCGUGGACGCCAGCUGCGCCGAGGACCACCUGGACGCCAACGGCAACGCCCAACAGACGGUCGAGUGCGCGGAGGGCGGCUGGCGUGACCCUUCGCCCUGCAUGUACGUUCCCCCCGGCGCCGUCAUCUGCUCCGGCGAACCGACGGUGCCCAGCGCGGACACGGACUGGUUCGCGGCUGUCUGGAUGGUCGGUUCUGUCGUUAAUGCCACUUGCCUGUCGGGCCACUAUGCGCUGGACGUCGGGAGUGAUGUCAGGGUGCAGGCCAUUGCAUGCACGGAGAGUGGCUGGGAAAAUGUGAGCGCCUGCGUGAGAGUGUGCGAAGAUUCCCCCGGCGACUUCGGGUCCGCGACCACCGACUGGCAAGACCGGAAAUAUCACAUAAACGAAACGGUCUUUGCCACAUGUCAAGAGGACCAUCGCUUGGCCGACGAUUCUGCCAACCAGACCGUCAGGUGCACGGAGAGCGGCUGGGAGACACCCUUGCCUUGCCUUCUUGUGCAAUGCCCGGGUCCUGAAGUUGCAAACGCGGUGGAGCAGUUCAACUCGACCAUGUUCAACGUGAGCCAGGAGGUCGUUGUGACCUGUCUCGACGGCCACUUCCUCAGGAGGGGCGUGCAGGUGCAGACCCUCGAGUGCGGCAUCGACAGGGCGUGGGGAGAGAUCCUGCCCUGCGUCGGAGCAUGCGAGGGGGAACCUUUAGUACAGAACGCUAACAUCACGUGGAACGAGAGUGAGUUCUGGACCGUAGGAAACUACGUGGUGGCGACCUGUUACCCCGAAUUUAGCGUGUCUCCGAACGUCUACACGCACCACGUAACUUGCACUGAGCAAGGGUGGGACGAGACGACACGCUGUUUCACGUGGUAUGGCGUGUACUGUACGUGCGAUCAAGAGCGAAUUAUCCGGCUACACCCAAACCCUGGCAAGUGUUUCGUCGUCUCGUCCAUAGAUGGCGCUGUAUCCAAUCUCAUCCUAAAGGACCUUCACCGAAUACUUGCCUCAGUGACGCAGCCCCAUAAACGGCAAAGAGACAUGUACUCCUUCAUUGUCAGCCUACUGCAACCGAGGCAUCUCUUGCAAAUGGGUCAGACUAUCAUAAAUGAUUUCCUCGCCAGCAUUCCGACUCUUAACAGAAGCUUAACCGCCUCACUGACACGCGUUCUUGUCCCUUCGUAA